AUGCAUUUUAAGAGCCUAACUUUGAGUGUCCUCCUUCUGUUUACCAGUGUCUGUUCUGCAGACAUAGCUGCGAGUUUAAGUCGCAAGCGUGGCAGCGCCAUGGAAGCCCGUGAGAACUUUGGUUAUCGAUCUGUUGCUUACUUUGUAAAUUGGGCAAUUUAUGGUCGCAACCAUAACCCGCAGGACCUUCCUGUGGACAGGCUCACACACGUUCUAUACGCAUUUGCCAAUAUCGACAAUGGAACAGGGGAGGUAUAUCUUUCGGACACCUACGCGGAUAUAGAAAAGCAUUAUCCGGACGACUCCUGGUCAGAGCCCGGAAAUAAUGUGUAUGGAUGUAUAAAGCAGCUGUAUCUGUUGAAGAAGAAGAACCGUAACCUUAAAGUGCUCCUUUCCAUUGGGGAUGGACCUAUUCAUCGAAUUUUGCAGCACCAGCAAUAUCCGGCAAAUGAUCAGCAAGCUGCAGAUUUUGUUCUCCUCCUAAGGGAAGUGAGGAAUGAACUUAAUUGUUACAGCUCUACACACGCAGGAGGAAAGAGGUUUCUUCUUACCACGGCAUCUCCGGCAGGCCCAAAGAAUAUCAACGCCUUGCAUAUCAAGGAUAUGGAUCAGCAACUGGACUUCUGGAAUCUCAUGGCGUAUGACUACGCAGGGAGUUUCUCAACCAUCACAGGUCACCAGUCCAAUGUCUACCUUGCAGCUGGAGUCGCCGCUGAUAAGAUUGUUCUUGGCAUUCCCCUUUAUGGCCGGUCAUUUACCGGCACUGACGGGAUUGGUAGUCCAUUUAGCGAUGUUGGCCAUGGCAGCUGGCAGAAUGGAGUGUGGGAUUACAAAGCCCUCCCGCAGCCAGGUUCCAAAGAGCAUGUGGCGACAGAUAUCAUUGCGAGCUACAGCUAUGAUCCAGCCAUGAGGACAUUGAUCACAUAUGACAACCCACAGGUGGUACUGAUGAAAGGGGAAUAUGUGAAAGCCAAAGGCCUGGGAGGUGCAAUGUGGUGGGAAAGCAGUUCGGAUAAGACGGGCAGUAAUAGUUUAAUUACCACGUUUGUCAGUGCUGUCGGGGGCGAAAACUUUUGA